GACCUGAAACUCGCUCAAUUAGAGUGUAUAUUGCGUACAACGUAGUACAUCGAGUAGAGAGUUGUGAAUGAAUCCGAAUGCAGCCAGCUACAUCCCACGUUCCCAAAGCUACAGACUAAGUGAAUAUCUCGACGGUCAAAGCGACCAGCUCCAUUCGAUUCCUCGGAUCAGCAUACGCAUCACAGCCGCGAGUCGCCGCGACACUGAAAUCAAGGCCAAGUUCUCGACAUCCAUCCAUCAUCGGAACUAGCUCUUCGCCGUCUUCAGUCUGUAGUACUUGUCCAACCCUUGCCUCUCUUUGCUUGUCGAAAUCUCGAAAUCAUGCGCGCGCGCACCACACACCUCCUCCUCCCACUCUUUCUGCGCGCGCUCUCCGCGCUCGCCACGCCCAUCUCCUCCGCCUUGGCCGCCAAAGAAAAGAAAACACACACGCAUCCAGAGCGUUGGUCGCCCGAAUUCUGGGAGAAGAUCAGCAUCAGCGCGGUGCUCGUGCUGCUGGGCGGCGUCUUCGCGGGCCUGACGCUCGGCCUGAUGGGUCUCGACGAGCUGCACCUCAAAGUCCUAGCGGCCGCGAGCGACGACGAGGACGAGAAGCGGAAUGCCAAGAAAGUGCUCAAACUCAUGCAGAAAGGCCGGCAUUGGGUCCUGGUAGUGCUUCUCCUCGGCAACGUCAUCAUCAACGAGUCUCUCCCUAUCUUUCUCGACAGCGCGAUCGGCGGGGGAAUUGCGGCGGUGGCCAUAUCUACCGCUAUGAUUGUCAUCUUUGGAGAAAUCAUUCCACAAGCUGUCUCUGUCCGAUAUGGUCUCGCCAUCGGGGCAGCGUGUGCCCCAUUCGUCCUGGGGCUCAUGUAUGUCUUUGCGCCGAUUGCUUGGCCGAUCGCCAAGCUCCUCGACACAGUGCUUGGUGUGCAUGAAACACACACGUACAAGAAGGCGGAGCUCAGGACCUUCCUCCAGUUCCAUCGCUCGGGCGACGAACCACUGCAGGAGGACGAGAUCAGCAUCCUCAAUGGGGUGCUUGAGCUGAGCACGAAGAAGGUUGAGCGGAUCAUGACCCCUAUGACGGACGUAGUGACUCUCUCUGCUGACGCACUGCUCGAUGAUAAGCUCGUCGAGAACAUUCUACUCAGCGGAUACUCGCGAUUCCCUGUCCAUGAGCCUGGCAAACCAGAGGCUUUCGUUGGUCUCUUGCUUAUCAAAAAACUCUUGAAAUACGAUCCCUCCCAAGCUUUGCCUGUGUCCAGCUUCCCGCUCUCCAUUCUCCCCGAGGCGCGGCCAACUAUAAGCUGUUUCCAAGCUCUCGACUACUUCCAGACUGGACGGGCGCAUCUUCUGCUUGUGAGCCACACCCCGGGCAAGCCUGGCGGUGCGAUUGGCGUGCUCACCCUCGAAGAUAUCAUUGAAGAGAUCAUCUCAGAGGAGAUUGUCGAUGAGACAGAUCGCUAUGCGGAUAACGUCUCAAAACAGCGGGCCAAGCGGGCCACGACUGCCGAUGUCAUGCGAGGAAUCGUGGAGCGUCGGCGAGGUGUGUCAGUGGCCCGGUCCCUGCGGUCGGAUCUGGACGAGAACGAGCACGGUGGUGGUGAAAGUGCCCCGCGGAGUCUGCCGGACGAACGUUCGCCGUUGAUUGAUCUUUCGACAAGUCCGCGUCCCAGGCGCCCUGCAGCCUUGACUCCUGUGGUGGAGAAUGGCCAGGGCUAUGGAAGCACGGAGUGAUCUGUGCGUGUACGCUACCGUCCUUCUGUGUAGAUCGUCCAUUAGUUCUCUGCUCUGCGUGCCAGUCGCAUUUCUCCCCGCGCGAAUCGUUUCUGCAGGAUGCACUGAAGUAAAGCCUUGACUUGCUAUCGCUCUUUCCAUCUAUCCCGGGAGCAGUGACGCAUUCUUGUUGUGAACCUGAAUGGUGAUGGACAGAAUCCGAUUCCGACCAGUGAGGUGCAUACUCAUCGACAUUCAACUCUCGCGAGUGUCGCGAAUAUGCAGAAUGCGCUCCCACGUCGAGCCCUCGGGCUCUCACGGCCGGAACUCUCCACUUGCACAAGUCUCGGGUUCGGGAAAUACUGGAAGCAUUCGAGCUGGAUCCUCGUUUGAUCCAAAGCUUUCCUGGCACCAGGAAUUAGGGCUGUUCAUAACCAUUAUCACUCUCCGUCUUUGUCUCAUGGGUGCAGAGUUGGCUGGCUGCUGCCAGGAUUCCGUCAUAAGAAGGCUCAUACAUCAUUGGGACGGACCGUCGGCACCUGUCGGCCGUCGGGUCCACCCUUGCUCCGAACGACAGCGAAGCGGUCUUCCUCCGCUGAGUCUCUCCCAGAGCCUGCUUCCUCCCCUUCUCCCAUGGUCAUCUCGUCAACCCCCCUGGCCAUCGUUGAUGAGGAGUCUCGAGAUAGAAGCCGUUUGGCCGGCGCCGAGGCCCUGUUCCCCUCGACCGUGUUCUCGACCCAAUGUCCGCCGUUUGACUGGCGCCCUCGAACGAACGGAGCUGUCCACCACCUCAGGACCCCUUCCUCGGUAAUCAGGCCAGGCUCCACUCCGCCCGCUUCCUGAUCGCGCCGUCCCCUCCCAAUCCUUCUGUUGCACAUGUUCGUGUAAUCGCGCGCGCAUUCACGCCACCGCGACCGUGCUGUGCGUAUCUGGACCUGUGCGAAUGCGUCAUUGCGAGGCGUGGAAUUGGGGUGAGCGCCUUACGGCCUCCUCGACAAUCGUGUCCGCAGGUGUUGGCUGCAGCUCCAUUAGGGAUGGACGGCAGAGGGAUAAAAGCGCGUACUGGACGAGGGGGAGUCUCCAAGCCCACAGCUACAGUUGAAGCUCCUCCUCCUCCUUCCUCCUCCUCACCCUCCUCACCGAACCUCUUCGUCCGAUCUCCAAACUCCCGAGAUGUUCACUAAGACCGUUGUCCUCGCUGUGACCCUCGCCUCUGCGUUCUCUGUCGCGACUGCGGCAGCCGCAAACCCGGUGUACACCGGCAGUGGUGAGCUGGACCGCCCCCCAUGUGCCCACUAGCGCUGGCUGACCGCCCACUCCGCCAGCGAUGCUCGGGUUCUACCAAGUCACGGCGUGCGACUGCCCGCCCUGGAACGGCCCGUUCGCGGCUGCCAUGCCCAUCGAGCUCACUUACGGCUUCGUCUGCUGCAACGAUCAGAUCACCGUCACCAGUGCGUUGUGCUCUCCCUCUCCCCGCGCUCUCUCUCGCCCUUGGACUGACCGGUGUCUCCCAGUGGGCGGGGUGAGCACCACGGCUGUGUUCUCCGGGUACUUCGAUGGCGGCGAGGGCACGCAGAACAUCGCGCUGAGCCCGGUCGCGUUUACCUCCAUCUCGGGCACGCCCCAGGCCGUCGAGAUGGACGACGCAACCUGGUCGUUCAUCUGAGCGGAGCCGCGCAAAAAUGCACGAAACGGGUAUAUAAUUAAUUACUCGGACGGACAUAGAAUUCUCUUCGUUUGUUCGCGAACACUGCAGAUACAUACUUAGAUUGCGUGCUUUCUGUCUCCUGUUGUGUGUGUGUGUGGAAAUAUGAUGAUUGUUCUCACAUUAAAA